AAUGAAAGUACAACCUAUAGGGGAGAGGAAAUUACAUGCAGAGCGAUGUUUAAAGAUAUGGAGAUGGCUAGUAAGAAACGUUUCACAUGUUCGUAGUAUAAUGACUUCUGAGUAUUCAAAGAUUGUAAAAGAUAAUUCUAGUUGUCAAGUUAAAGUGUGCAUCUAAGGGGGAUGUGGUAAGAUGUGAAGCUAAUAUAGAUUUUCAUAGAUAAUAGCAUGUGCAAGGAAAAGAAACUGCGAUAUAAAAAGGUCAGCUUGACAAACUACAGCACUGCUAGAACAAGCUUGAUUUGCUGGCAUCAUGUUCAGACUGAAGGAAUUCCAGCAUCUCCUUGUGCUGACAUUUCUCUGUCAAACAGUUCAUGCAAGUCAAAUCAUAAAUGGGGAUAAGGCUGCUGUAAACUCAAUGCCGUACAUGGUCUCAGUGCAAAGCAAUGGACGUCAUACAUGUGGAGGAUUUCUGAUCAGUGAGGACUUUGUGGUCACUGCUGCACACUGCAAUAUUCCCAAACCCAAUCUGGUUGUCGUGGGAAAUCAGAAUAUCAAAAGUUCAAACAUAAAAAAAAUACAUAUUCAGUACAGCUGCGUAUUCCCAACUUACCGGGAAGUUGGACUUGGCAAUGACAUCAUGCUGCUUAAACUCUCUGAGAAGGUCUCCAUGAACAACGCAGUGAAGACCAUUCCAAUUCCAAAGUCUGACAAAAUCUUAAAAGAAAAUCAGAUAUGCAUGGUCGCUGGAUGGGGUAAAACAGAAAGCAACAAGUACAGUGAUGAUCUUAGAGUCGCAAAGGUGUCGAUCAUAAAUUCACAAGUCUGUCAGAAGGAAUGGGAUAAUACUCUUCCACCCAAUGUGAUCUGUGCUGGUGGAUAUGAAACCACAAAAGGAUUCUGUCAGGGUGAUUCCGGUGGCCCUCUGCUGUGUGACGGGGAAGCUGUUGGUAUUGUGUCAUUCAACAGAAAUUCCAACUGCACCUACCCAAAUGCACCCAACAUCUACACAGACAUUUCUAUAUAUCAUCAGUGGCUCAACUGUGCGUUGAAGGAAAAGAAAUGUGGUUGUGCAAACCUUUAGAAUGAAGCAUUGUUCCAGCUCAUAGUGUGUGUGGGGUGAAGUUGUGGCUUCUAUUUAGGUCGAUGUCGUCAGCUUCUGAUCUUUAGCUGAAUAAAAGAAAAUGUUUCGAAUAUCGUCA